UUGGCUUUUAAUCGAAAUAUCUGUUUUGUUCCGUGUCUGCAAUAAAUUUUGUUUCGUGAAUUUUCUGAAAUUAGUCCGCUAAAAUAGUUUUCAUUCGGUUAAUAAAGUGAAGCAGUGACUGUCUGCAAAAUUGUGUUUAGUGAAACGAAAUUGUGGAUUUUGCAACAACGAGAAAUUCAGCUAAUAAAAAUUACUGCAACUGUGUUGAAUAGCGGCGGUCUCCGUCGCUGGUCGUAACAUGCGUUCGUUGUUGGCUUACUACGCGGACGCGGUGAUGUCGGUGGCGGCGAAGGGCGCGGGCUGCGCGCUCAGCUGCAGCGGCCGGGGCGACUGCAUGAACGGCACCUGUCUCUGCGAGAUCCGGUACUCGGGCGAGGGAUGCGCCGGACCUAACCUGCCGUAUCAUGCGUGUAUCGGCGGAGUGUUCCUCGUCGUCGCCUUCGUGUGCGCCGUCCAACUGAUGAUAUGCGUUGUCACGGAGUACAGGAAACUAAAGGCUCCGACUUUCCUGAGGGCUUGCAAGGUCACGACCCAGAAGAUGCUGUAUCUGGUCGCGUUCCUCGCCUCCCUGAUACGGGGAGCUUACUUCGUUUCGCCGUCUGCUUUUCAAGAGGGAUGGGCGACCAGUCUUCUAUCGGCUUAUUAUCCCCUGUUGAUGUCUGGAUCGUCGCUGAUCGUGUGCUUUUGGGCCGAGGUGUUUCACCUUCGCAACAUCCGCUGGGAGAGUCCAAGGUUCCUGUCCAAGUCGUUCCUGGCCUUCGUUACCUUCAACCUCAUCAACUACUCGUUGUUGGCAGCCGAGGUCCUUACAACGAAUAUCGCUGAUACUUCUGCCGAGAAGAGGACCUUCUACCAGCACAUAUUCAAUGGUUGUUACGCCGUUCUACUCUUCAUCGUUGUCGUGUUCUUCCUCAUCUACGGAGUUGAAGUAUUCUUUAAGCUCCGCGGUGAGUUCCUGAAGGAGACCAAAGUAUGCACCAUAAUAUCUCCGCGUCCCGGAACUUCAGCGGACGGAGAUGAAGCCCAGGAUACGCUUGUCACUAAACAGGGAAUUCAAACGGAUUUGCUGGACGGAGACGGAACGGUGGACCCUCGGUCCGUGGACCUCUCGCAGCUGCACCAGUCGCGCGUGGGCCUGAUCAGCCUCGCGCUGAUGCUCAUACUGAUCGUCUGCUUCCUGGCUUCUGAAACCCUAAGCGAAUUCUGGAAGACUAAGGUGCCGGUGGUGUCCCGCAACUGGCACGACCUGGUGUUCCGGCUCGCCGAGAUCGGGGUCGCAGUAUGGUUCCCGUGCGCGCUGUGGAACUCGAUGGCGCCCGAGCGGCUCUGGCUCCUGAACCCGCGCCGGCUGCUCGCCAGGCAACUGGACGACGCCAAGCUCGCCGACCUGCUCGCGCAGCACCACCACGAUGCCAAGAACGUGGAGAGGGACUCGCUCGUGGACAGCGUCGGGUCGAGCCGCGACUGCUGGAUCUGCUACGACAGCUCCCGGGCGGAACCCCUCAUCAGGCCGUGUCGCUGCACCGGCGACGUGUCCGCCGUGCAUCAUGACUGCCUGAGCAGGUGGCUCGUCGAGAGUGCCGCCUCGCCUGACGGCUUGAAGUGCAAAGUCUGCAACACUCCCUACAUCGUCCAGGAGACCAAUCGAGUGGAGUGGGAGCGCGGGUUCACGUGGUCGCACUGGGCGGGCACCGCGGCCGCCGUCACCGCGCUCACCGGUGCCGCGGCCGGCGCCUGGGCCCUCGCGCAGCUCUACCCCUCCUCCCUCGUGCGCGUGCUCGCUGCCGGCGCCGCGCUGCUCGUCUGCUACGUCGCGCUCAGAUUCCUGGGCACGAACACGGUGUCGGCGUACCACCGGGCCCGCGUCUACGGCCUAAAGAUCCUGACGGAGCCCUUCGCCGACGUCCAGGACUCUGAGCAGGGUCAGCUGUCGACCAUCAGCAGGACGGUGACCGUCGAGAUCGCACCGAAGGACGUCCUCGACCAAGCGCUCAAGGGCGAAGCGAAAUAGCACGAGAAAAUAACGAACUGCGAUUUUUAAAUAGCGCGCUAUAUAACGUUGUCCGUCGCAAAUAACGUAGCAGCUAAGUUUUGGCAGUGAAAUGAAACAGUGGUGAUGUGACGUGAAAAAAAAAACGAAAAAAAAAAACCGAGGUAGUGUGUGGAAGUUAACUUAUGAAACUUUUAAUGGACGCCACAGAGAAUGUGAUGAAAAUAAAACCAGUACAAACGUGAUGAAUAUGAGGAAGCAUACUGUAAGUUCAGUGCAUAUCGUUACAUAGUGCAUACUGUAAGCAGUGACAAUGAUUGUGGGUUGUUAAAAAAAAAAGCAAAAAAAAAAAA